AUGUCAUAUAACGAGGAUACAACACCGGCAGUGUGUGAAAAAUGCCUUGGGGAUAAUCCGUAUGUGGAAAUGACCAGAGAAAGAAACGGAGCACGCUGUAAAACUUGCACUCGGCCUUUUACAGUAUUUAGUUGGACCCCAAAAAGAAGUGGGAGGCCGAAAAAAACAGUUAUAUGUUUAACGUGUGCAAGAGCAAGAAACUGCUGUCAGAGCUGUAUGCUUGAUCUUAGUUUGGGAAUCGAUUUGCAGACAAGAGACCAGCUUCUGAAAAUGGCAGGCGGUGCUGGCACAGACGCCUUGCCUGAUGCGAUUGUUCAUGAUGCAAGAAAUGUGGUUUCUCGAAUUUACAAUGCGAACCAGUUAGAUCGAAAGUUCAAGCGUGAAGACGAGAGUGGUUCUAUUAUGAGUUCUGGAGAACGUGCGAAGCUUUUAUUGGCAAAAAUAUCAGAGCUUACGGAUGGUAAAAAGCGGGAAGAACAAAAUAAGACUGAGAAAAAAACGAGGAAAACUCAAAAGCAGGAUAAGAGAGGAGCCAAGUUGAAUAAAAAAGAGUUGCUACAUUUGUGCAAGGGUCUGCCGUUCAAAAGUGGCCUACAACAACCUCCAAAAAAUGGUGAUAUCCGAUCGUUCUUCCUAUUUGGGGUGAACGACCAUGUGGCGAACUACGAUAUUGAAGAAUACUUCGAUGCAUUGAACAAGCAAGGUGAUUCCAGACAAAAGAUUGUCGAAUCUGUUUUCUUAAACACAAGGGCAAGGUUUGGAUAUGUGAGGUUUUCUAGUCGUGAGGUUGCUAAUAAAAUGGCAAAUGAGGUUUUCAAAAGAUACGCAUCCGUUCGGAGAGAGCCGAUAGAUAAUGAAUACAAGAAGCCAUGCGUCAUUGUGGUACGUAAUGAUGUGCCUAUCCGAGUUUGCUGGGCAACGGGUACUGCCAAUACGGGCAGUGAAUACACAAAAAAGGAACUAUAUGCCAUAUCAAGCGUCGUCAGAAUGCAAAUGGUGAAGUUAGCACGUGAAGAUGAAAAGCCUGGCAAGCGAAAGAUAGCCGAGGUAGACAAAAAGGCUGAAAGCGGUGUAAAGAAAGUUAAGAAGCAUCGUACAUCAAAAAAGAAGGGGGAGGGUAUGGUUUAUAAGACGUUGAGUAGCAGUUUUGAGCUUUAG